GUCCAGUUCCCAGAUGUUGGAGGCGUUACCAUGACAACCAAGCUGCCAGCUGCUCUCCAGAUGUUUUCCUCAACUUCCUGCUGGCUUCUGUCCAGAACCAACCCAGCAGAACCAGAACCGGGGCAGAGUUCUGCUCCAGACCUUCAGUCGUUCCUGGAUGGUUGUGCCGACAGCGAGCCCUGCUGCCGAUAGUCUGCAGGAACCGGAGGGGGCAGUGAUGCAUGCUGGGUAAAUAGCUGCGUUUAUUAAAGCAAACCAUGAGAGGAAAACCCGGAGCGGAUCAGGAUUCCUUUGGCUCUGAAACCAAAAGCUGCGUCUCUGAUUCAGUUUCCAGCAGCUGCUGAAGGUUUCUGGGCUCCAGAACCAGAACCAGAACCAGAACCGAGCCUCCUAAAUGACUUUAAAGCUUUAAUGUGUCGACGUGAAGCUACAGUCAGAGACCAAACAGCAGGAAGUUUCAGCCUCUGUGGUCUUCAUCAUCAUCAUCCUCCUCCCUGCUGCGAUUUCCCAUCAUGCUCUCUGUCUGGUGGUUUUUUGGUUUUGCACAGAUUCACAUGAAAACAGUAAAAGUUUAGGAAAACGUGGAGCGGAAUCUGGAUCCGCUCCGAAACAAGCAGAUAAAGUUACUUUCUGGUGAGAUGCUAUUUAUUCUCUGGUUCUGGUUCUGUUGGGUCCAGCCGGGCUCGGACCUUUGACCCAACAUCUGUCUCUCAGCAGCAUAGAAAUGUGUUAACAGAUGCUGGAAAAACCCGGGCCGACACCAGGGAACCCGAUCUGCGUCUCCAGAACCUUUGCCAGGAAGUUGGUCCGGGUUUGGGUCGCUGUGAGGUUCGACAGCGGCAAGAGGAGGAGGAGGAGGAGGAAGAGGAGGAGGAGGAGGAAGAGGAGGAGGAAGAGGAAGAGGAGGAGGAGCAGCAGUGGAUGUAAACAGCCGCGUUUCUCCUGCGGCUCAGUUUUACGCAGCGCGCAGAUGGAGAACAUCAUCUUCCUCCUCCUCAUCCUCCUGCUCGGAACCGCGGUUCCGUCCGCGGCGGACUGGACUCUGGUUCUGCUCCACACCAACGACGUGCACGCGCGCGUGGAGGAGACCAGCGUGCACUCCAUCAAGUGCGGCAGAUCGGAGAAAUGCUACGGCGGCGUGGCGCGGAGAGCCACGGAGAUCCGCCGGAUCCGGAACGAGGAGCCGAACGUUCUUCUGCUGGACGCCGGGGACCAGUUCCAGGGAAUGGUUUGGUUCACUUUGUACAAGGGGGCCGAGGCGGCGCACUUCAUGAACCGGCUGGGAUACGACGCCAUGGUUUUUGGGAACCAUGAAUUCGAUAAUGGCGUCGAUGGACUCAUGGAGCCGUUCCUGCGGGACAUCAACUGCUCCGUCCUCAGCGCCAACAUCCGACCCGACUCGACUCUGGCCUCCACCUUUGGCGCCGCCUUCCAGCCCUAUAAGAUCUUUGAGGUCGGAGGUCAGCGGGUCGGCGUGGUGGGAUACACGUCACGGGAAACGCCGGCUCUGUCCCAGCCUGGACCUCACCUGGACUUCCUGGACGAGGUCAGCGCCCUGCAACCCGUGGUGGACAAGCUGGAGACGCUGGGGGUCAACAAGGUCAUCGCUCUGGGUCACUCCGGUAUCGCCAUCGACCGCCUCAUCGCCAGGAAGGUCCGCGGUGUCGACGUGGUCAUCGGCGGACACACCAACACCUUCCUUUACACAGGUCAGCCUCCGUCCCUGGAGAAGCCGGAGGGCGAUUAUCCGAUCAUGGAGAAGUCGGAAGAUGGCCGCCGCGUCCCGGUGGUCCAGGCCUACGCCUUCGGGAAAUACCUGGGGUUCCUCAAGGUCACCUUCGACGACAGCGGGAACGUGGUGAGGUCGACUGGGAACCCCAUCCUGCUGGACAGCGGCAUCCAGCAAGACACGGCGGUUCUGGCCGAGGUGGAGGCCUGGAAGCAGAACCUGACCAGCUUCACCGGCCGGGUCGUGGGGAAGACGCUGGUGUUCCUGAACGCGUCGCAGUCCGCCUGCCGCUUCCAGGAGUGCAACCUGGGGAACCUGAUCUGCGACGCCAUGGUGGACAACUACACCCAGUCCUCCGAUGGCGAGCAGUGGAGCCACGUCAGCGCCUGCAUCAUGAACGGCGGCGGCAUCCGCUCCUCUAUCGACGAGCGCACCUACAACGGCUCCGUGACGCUGGAGGACCUGCUGACGGUUCUGCCGUUCGGAGGGACCUUUGACCUGGUGCAGCUGAAGGGAUCCACGCUGCGCGCCGCCUUCGAGCACGGCGCCCAUCGCCACGGCAGCAAGGCGGGGGAGUUCCUGCAGGUCUCAGGCCUGCGUGUGGUUCUGGAUGUGUCCCGGCCUGCGGGUCGCCGGGUCCGCAGCCUCAGCAUCCUGUGCACGCGAUGUCGGGUUCCGCGCUACGACCCAGUCCAGGACGCGGCGCUGUACACCGUGGUGCUGCCGUCCUACCUGGUGACGGGUGGAGACGGCUUCAGCGUCAUCAAGAACGGGAUUCUGAAGCACAGCAUCGGCCAUCUGGACGUCUUGGUGCUGUCCAAGUACAUGGAGAAGAAGGGAUGGGUCUAUCCGGCCAUGGAGGGACGCAUCACGGUCCUCAGCCGGGCCCCCGCCCCGCAGGCCACCCUGUCCUCACUGGGUUUACUGGUUCUGUUCGUGUUGAGCUGCUGAACCUCCAGCAGAACCAUCAGAACCACAGCGGGACUCUGAUCCUCGUGUCUUAGUAGAGUUAGUCAAACUGAACAGGUUUUAUCCUCCUGAACGUUUCUGUCACAAAAACCCAACGAUGCGCUUCCUGUAGCCGUCACCAGGGGGCGCUUCACCAGGAACUGCAGCUUUAAUCUCCACUAACUCCUCCCACUGGGCCUGCUGCUGAGCUGCCAUUGGCUGCAUCCCAGAUGUCCAGAUGACCUGAUUGGUUCCUGAAAGCAACUGCUGGAGAUGAAGAGUGGAGCUCUUCCUCUUCCUGCUCCUCUUCCUCCUCCUGCUCCUCUUCCUCCCCCUCUUCCUCUUCCUGCUCCUCUUCCU